AUGACCCUGCCCGGUGUGCGCACCAGGGAUACGGUGUUGGCGCUCAUGACCCAGGCCAGCGAGGCCGAGGGGGAUAGUGACCGCGCGGCCGAGCGGUUUCCGCGGUACUUCAACCGCGUCUGGGACAAGCAGGAGAUCACGCUUGCACGCGAUGCCGUCAUCGUUUGCGGGCUUGAGACCUGCGAUGCCGGGGCGUUCCAUGCGGCGGCGUUGUUUUACGGCAUGCUGAUCGUGUGGGAGGUCAACGGGUGGCGGGCUGGUCGGCAGACGCGGUUCCCGGGGCCCUUCUCCGAGUUGGAGCUGAGGCGGGCGCCCGGAGGCCCGGAAUUAACGUACUUGAUCGCGCGCGGACAUUUCAACGUCCUCAAGUCGUGCCGCUCGCGACGCGUUCAGCCGCCAACCUGGGUCCCCAAGCUCAACGCCAAAAUCGCGUAUACGUGGUCUGACGAAUUAGGUGUCCCUUUGUUCACGGCAACCGGGUCGCGGACUCAGCCGACCGAGCCAUUGAACGGCUCAAGGCCCGUAUCGAUUCGCCUGCGGGGUGCCCGCCUCGACACAAUCACAGCGACUGGCACCGUCUUUGUCAGGCACAACGAGGAAAAGCCAUACGACCAGGCAGCCGCGCGGCAGAUGUUCAGCGAGGUCGAGGGGUUCCUCGGACACUCGUCGAUCUAUACGGAAACCGAGCGGAUCGAUGCAAUCUGGCGAAUCCCCAUCUGCGAUCGGGAGUACCACCCUACGUCCAUGUACUUCCGGCGUGCCACGGCGGAGCUUUCGGGAAAGCAGUUUGUCGCCCUCCGCAUACAGCCGCUGGCGGGGGACGUCAUCGCCGAGACCAUCGUACCAAUCGAUCAUGGAACUUUACACGGCUGUGGCGCGGCCGAUUCGCUCGGGAACGGACCAUGUUGGUUUGGGACCGCGCGAGACAGCGCCAGGUGA